AUGUCCAUCAUCACAAGGAAAAGCUCUCGUGGCCACAGUGAGCAGGUGGAGUCCAUCGUGGGUGCCAUGAGCACCUGUGACUGUUCCCGGCCUGUCUUAACUUGCUACAGACAGAUCCCUGCUCACUUAUGGCUCUGUUUUCUCAUCCAUGAAGCCCCUGUUCUUCGCACACAGAGGCGUCUUCCCCUCCAUGGCUCCACCAGCUUCUGCAGGAGUGGAGCUUUCCUGUUGCUUCUCUUCCUCUCUUUGGAGCAGACUUCCGCAUGGCACAGUGUCAAAAUCAAACACAAAGUGGGAGAGUGCCCCAGGAGACGUAUGGAAUGCAGAGAUGGGGUUCUAACCUCGUGCAAAACAGACUUCAACUGUGAGGCGCAUCUCAAGUGUUGUCCUUCUGCCUGUGGGAAUGUGUGCAUAGAUCCUUACGAAGAGCCCUGCAUGUUACCCUCAGACACAGGAGAUUGCCAUGACAACGUGACUCGCUGGUAUUUUGACUCUGAGAAGUACUAUUGCAGACCCUUUACCUACAGUGGCUGUCGUGGGAAUGCCAACAACUUCCUCAGCAAGACAGACUGCAAGAAUGCCUGCAUUUUCCUUGUGAAGAAAGGACAAUGCCCACUCUUCCCUUUCCAAAUGCGAAUGGAGUGCCCCGCCCCCUGUAAGAACGACAUGGAUUGCCUGGAAAAGGAGAAGUGUUGUGAGUCCAAGUGUGGCUUCGUUUGUAGCAGGUCCUGGCUGGUCAAAACAGGCUUUUGCCCAAGUAAGCCCAUGAUGUGUUCGAAGAUUGAUAAGCCCCAGUGCUUAAGGGACAAUGACUGUCCCCUGAACGAGAAGUGCUGCACACGCUGUGGACUCAAGUGCUUGGAACCCAAAUUCUGA